AUGGGCUCGGACGCAUCCUUCCCUCGAUGGGGUAGCUGCUCUCUCCAUGGCCUCAACAUUGAGGUCCGGGCGGGGCUGGACAAAGACACUCUCCCCGGCGGCGGCAGCGGCAUUAGAAUCACUCCGCAUUUCUGGGGCGAGGGUCCGGUGGCCGAGGCCGAGGCCAAGCUUGGCUUCCCCGUGCACGCGGGCUACUCGGAGGCGAGGGCCUUGAUCGGUGAGGGAGCCACGGCGGAUCUGAGAAGGCUGUCACGCCAGGCCCAAGGCAUGCUGGCGGAGAUGUUUGCUAGCAUCACCGUCGGCGACAGGGACGAGCUGUUGGGUGCAGCGGCGCGGCCCAGGGUGGUGCAGUUGCAGCUAUCGCCGGAGCUGGCGCUGUGGAAAAGCACCCAACACGCAAUCGGCAACGUGCUCCCCCCUAAGGGCAAGGCGCUGAGGCAAGCCUCGCCGCAGGUGCUCGCCCAGCUGGGCGCUACCGACUGGCCCGCGGCCCUGACGACCAACAAUGCCCUGUUCGGCGGCUGCAUGUCCAACAUGCUCAUUGGCGCAGCAGACGUGCGCAUCAUGUUCUCCAACUAUGUGACCGACAUGGCCGUUAACUACGAGUACGGGUACAGCCACGUGUUCCCCACGCUCCACGGGCUGGUGCAGAACGCGCUCGCCGACGCCCACGCGUUGGGCACCCCUUACUGCCGGCAGCGCCGUGAGGCCGUCGCCGUUGGCCUCCCGUACAUCCAGGACAAGAUUGCGCUGGAGGUGGCGAACAAGACAUGGCUUAAGGACCGCUCCGCACAGAUGGAUCGCCGUGCCGCCCAGGUCAUCUACCUGUUCGACAGCAGCGUGCUCGGCAUUGGAGCCGAGGCCACGGCCCGGGGCUUCGACGCCGGCGCCAUCAUGAGCGACCUCGUCUUGAGCAUCAACAGCCACGACGUCAUCGACGUGGGCUCCGACCUGGUGAACUCUGAGAUCAUGAACUCGUUCCUCAACGUGGCCGACAUCGCCGCCUCGGGCGUGGUGAGCGAGCCGGCGCUCCGGGCCAUCUACGACGCAUACGCCGCCACGGGCGCACGGGCCUUCACCCAAAGGUGGCACGAGCCCUCAGCCCGGAUGGUCGACAAUGAAAUCGCGUGGCACAUCUGCAACGACCGGCACAUGCUCUUCCGCCGCGCCCUCCUGGGAUGGCCCAAGGCGCGCAAGUCGCCGGCGCGGCCCCAGCGCGAGGCGGACUUCGACGAGGUGUUCGACGCCGACUUCCGCACCACCGGCUUCAGCAGGCCCCUGGACCCCGAGUACGCCUGCGACGGCGAGGAAACCUGCAACCAUGUGCGGCGGUUCCUCCUCGACCGCGAGGACGAGGACCAGCAGCUGCUUGGCGCCCUCUGGUGGUCCCUCGUCAUCGGCCCGCUGGAGUACGUCCGGCAGGGCGAGGUGGACGAGCAGCGCGAGGAGCACCUCGCCGAAUCCGUGCGCCUGCAGCUGGUCCAGAUCUUCUCCAAGGGUCUCGUCGACGAAAUGGCCUGGCUCCUCGCCCAUGCGAGCCACCACGCCUGGCAGGUGAACUACCUGUACGAGGCCGCCAUGUUCGGCAGCAUCCUGGACGGGGGCGCCUUGACGGGCAGGCUCGACCGGGCAGAGGAGGGGGAGCAAGUCGUCCACGUCGGCCUCGGCUGAUCCGACGAUCAUAUCCUGGCGCGCGCGCUUCGAUCGGAGGCUCUGGCCGUUCCUGGUGCAUGCACGCACUCCCGCGUCGCGUUGAGAUUCAGAAUCGGAACUGCGAAGGAAGGAAGGAACGCUGUUUGUACUCUUUCGAUUCGAUUCGAUCGAUGUUCCGUCGUCGUCGUGCCAUGUUGACUUUCAUCUUGUUCCCCCUGCUUCUUAUACCCAACACAACACAACACA